AUGGAAGUAGAAAAUGAAGCCCACUCUUGCCCUGGCAGCUCACCAGGCGGGUCCAGAGAAUACAAGGUGGUAAUGCUGGGCGCAGGGGGCGUUGGUAAAAGCGCAGUGACAAUGCAGUUUAUAAGCCACCAGUUUCCAGAUUAUCAUGACCCCACGAUCGAAGAUGCUUACAAAACCCAGGUGAGGAUUGACAAUGAGCCUGCUUACUUAGACAUCUUGGACACCGCUGGUCAGGCAGAGUUCACAGCCAUGCGGGAGCAGUACAUGCGUGGGGGUGAGGGCUUCAUCAUCUGCUACUCUGUCACGGACCGCCAGUCAUUCCAGGAGGCUGCCAAGUUCAAGGAACUUAUUUUCCAAGUCCGUCACACCUAUGAAAUUCCCCUUGUCUUGGUGGGUAACAAAAUUGACCUGGAACAAUUCCGCCAGGUCUCUACAGAAGAAGGCAUGAAUCUUGCUCGAGAAUACAACUGUGCCUUCUUUGAGACCUCUGCAGCCCUCCGAUUCGGUAUUGAUGAUGCUUUUCAAGGCUUAGUGCGAGAAAUUCGCAGGAAGGAAUCCAUGCUGUCCUCAGUGGAAAAGAAAUUAAAGAGGAAGGACAGCCUGUGGAAGAAGAUAAAAGCCUCGCUGAAGAAGAAGAGAGAAACCAUGACAUGA